AUGUUCACUGGUAUUGUCGAAGAUAUUGGCGUCAUUUCACGCCUGGCUAAGGAUGCGGCCACUGGAAGCGCUGAGAUGACCAUCACCAUUGCGCCUGGCUCAUCUCUGCUCAAGGACUGUCGCGAUGGUGAUUCAAUUGCCGUGAACGGUGUCUGUUUGACCGUGACGUCGUUCAAGGACGACCACUUCGAUGUUGGUGUCGCUCCCGAGACCCUGCGAAUCACGAACCUUGGUGGUCUGUCAGAGAAUAGCCGCGUGAAUCUAGAGCCUGCCGUCCGCGCCGAUACCCGCAUGGGCGGCCACUUCGUGCAGGGUCAUGUCGACACCGUCGCCGAAAUUCUGCUGGCCGAGCAAGACGGCAACGCCAUUACCUUUCGCUUCCAGCCCAAGAACCGCGACAUGCUGCGCUACAUUGUCUACAAGGGCUUCAUUGCCAUUGAUGGCACCAGCUUGACCGUCACUCAGGUCAACGAUAAGGAGGGCUGGUUCCAGAUUAUGCUCAUCUCCUACUCGCAAGAAAAAGUUGUGCUGAGCAAGAAGGUCGCUGGCGACAGUGUCAAUAUUGAAGUCGACAUGAUGGCCAAGUACGCUGAAAAGUCACUGGCUGGCAUACUCGGCUCCGGUGAUGGCGAAUCUAUUCCGUUAUUGGAGAAAAUCGUUGAGAAAAUCGUUGCCAGCAAGUUGAAGCAAUAG